AUUAUCCUGUGUUCAGAGCGCCACUGUAACACUGAUUGUCAUGACACUUUUGUACGCUUUUUUACGUGAAAAUAAUUAGUUAGGAAAGAAGUGACAGGUAGUUCUACAACAACACAGUUAUCGACAGUUAAUAAGUCUCAGUUAUAUAAAAAGUUUACGGCAUGGCUGCUGUUACGCCUCGUGAUAUCGAAGACGUCAAGAAAAUGGUGAAAAAGAAACUGGAACUUUACAUCAAUAGAGAAAAGAGAGAAAAUACUUUUGAUCCAGCUGGGGCAUGCAGAACUACCAGGAAAAUGUAUAAAUAUGACCUGAUGUACAGAGUGAUCAACUAUGAUGUGUUUGACAAGCAAAGUCCUCGAUAUAAAAACAGAAAGAAGAAAGGGAAUCAAGAAACACCAGUCGAAUAUGAUCAUCAGACAGAGAAAGAAAAGCGUAAAAAGCGUGAGUCAUCUCAGGGAGGUGGAACUGAGUCUGGAGGGGCAGAACAAACUGAGGAGGCAGGCAGUACCAUAUAUCCUAAACUAGAGAACACCACACGCAGGGUUACACUGUACAGGGAAGCGGACAGGAUCACCAAAUAUGCUAAUGAGGUUUAUAACAAGUACAAUAUGGAAGAUCUCCAGACAAUACACCACUUCAGGCCAAGUUCUCAACAGGACAACGUGUACAAGUCUCUAGACUCUGGAUACCUCCAUAACUAUACACGACAUGUUGGAUCCAUUCUUCACUCUAAGUCGUAUGUUGACUUCUACAAGAAAGAAGGUCUACAUACUGGUGACAAAAGUAAAGUCCAAAAGACUCCAGGAACUGCCGUCAAGGAAAACCAAAGAUCCCUGAAAAUGACAAAAAAACACCCAAGCCAGAAACAUCAGAAUAACAUGGUCAGGCUAGGGACUUAACCAGUUAGUAUGUUUAUGAAACUUUUAUCCAGAUAGAUAAAUUAUUUUAGAUUUAUCAAUGUAAAGUUGAAAUGUAUUCAAACUGAUAAAAACAUAUUUUUAUAACUGUCUAAUUAUUAUCAUAUGCAUUUUUAUAAUGGACUUAAAACUAAAGGUUUUUUUCUCUAUCUGCUUGUUUUUUUGUUAGUGAAUUUUUAAUGAUUAAUUUUUUUCUCAAAAAAUUUACCUCACAGGUAGAUUUUUUGAAAAUCUAUACACUGUAGACCUUUGAAUUUUAUCAGCAAAUUUGAUGUGAGUUAAAACAUUUAUUAUAUUAUCGUUGUUUAUUAAUUCCUUUGUAUUCUAUGAUAUAAUCUGAUAUAAAAGUUACAAUUUUUUCCGAUAUGAAUGAUCAUACCAUAUUUUUCCUGCAAUAAACUCCCUUUGAGAUUGGAGGUUAGUGGUAGGGGUUACGUAGACUUCGACCUUGAAUUAGAAGAGGUGAGCAUUUAUUGCAGAAUAAUGAUAAUAGUCCUGUUGAUAUUUGUACUGCAGUGCAAUAUACAUGUCCAGCGGAAUGAAUGGGUUAAUGACUGGAAAUGGACCUUCUUCCAGAAAUGGGCAUUGCCAGAAAUAGGAUUUAUUGCUUGAUAAAUAUGGUUAUUUCUUUAAAGGAUUUCUAUCACGAGAUAUCUUUUUAUGUUUGUCCGUCCUUUAAUAUUACAAGUUGUUUCAGGACUGAGUAUAGUCAUCUCCUGUAUAGUGAUUCAUGUACAAGAUGUAUUGUUCACAGAGUUAGUGCCCUUAGUUAAUGUUUUGUUUAAUUAAUUUAUCCUUCAGACAGGUGUUUGGUAACGGCAAUAUAAUGGUCAUUAUAGCUUCAAAGAUUUACUUGGUCACCCGAGAGAAAGUCUGUAGAGUGUAACAUGUGUUUGUCAUGUUGAUUAAUUCACAGUUCUAUAAUUAUAUAAUUUGCAUAAUUCUCACUUCUGACAAGUGUUUUCAUUGGCUUAAAAAUAAGUAGUUAUCAGCCAAUAACCUAAAAAUGAUGACUCCGUUUGUAACUUCUAUUUUGACUGGCUGAUGCAGUAGCGUAAUAAUUUCUAAGAGAAAAGAGUUCGUAAAAAAUAUUUCCACUGUAGAUUGAAUUAUAAGGUUGGUGACUAUAGAACACUCCAUUGGUUGUAUUAUUUCUCAAUAACAUAAAAUAUAUUCAAUUUAAUCUGUAAUUAAUGUGUACUAGUAAGGGGUCUUAAUUGCUAUGUUAACAAAAACAAGUGUGAUUUCAGAUAACAACAGAAAACUAGUAUAUCAUACCAUAACUCAGGUGUCUGUUAAAACCCAUUGGCCUCUUAUUGUGAAAGAAUUAAUAAUUCCUAUGUGUAUCCAACUGUAUACUUGUUCUUGAUUUGAUUGUUUUCUUGUUUUCUUCAGAUGCUCAGUAACACUUAACAAUAUAUAUAUAUAUCUAAAUAUAUACACACUCACUAUUAUAUAU